AUGAGCAAUACUUUUAACAAUUAUUUGUUGGAUUAGAAUUCUUCAUAAUAAAAUCUCAACCCCUAGUCAUUUGAAACUUAGAACGUAAUAGCUCUUAAUACGAUACAAAUUGAAAGUUUAUAUAGUAUAUUUUCUUUAGAUCAAAGUUAAUUUUCUGAUUCUAUAGUAAGAGCUUAAUUUUUAAGGAAUAUGUAUAGCUUUUUAACAUUAGAAUUCCUAUUGAAUUUAGUAAUGAUUGCUCUGGCAUUUUAUACACCAAUGGGAUUUUGGUUGGUGAGUAUAAAUAAAGGAUGUCGCUAUGAAUACAAUGAAUACGAAAACUGUAAACUUAUACCAUCUUGGUUAUUUUAUGUUUCCUUAUUUACCUCGAUAGUUUUGUAAUUCACAAUAUACUUCGGUGGAAUCACAACAAGAAAUGUAAUAUUUAAUGAUCUUAUGUUAGGCUCCUAUAAAUUACUUAUUAUUAGUUUUAUAUCUUAUAUUCUAUGGAUUUACAUUUUCAACAAUAUGUAUUUUUAUGCUCAUUAGUUUGGGAUAAAUUGGAGUUUGGGCAACCUGGGGAGUAGAGUUUCUCAUCAUAUUUUUUUAAUGAUUGCUUAUUUAAACAAAAGUGAGAUUUCUCUGAUAAGUAUUUACCAUUCCAUAUAAUAGGUAGAGCCAUUAUUAUUUUUGGCACAUCGAUAUUAUUGACAAUAAUUUUAUUAUUAGCUACGAGAAUUUGGUGGGUCUUGUUAACUGCAUUUAUCAGUAUAAUUUAUGGAUUUUACUUAAUUUUGGAAGCAAGGCUAAUUAUUGGUACAGGAGUAAAAUUAUAUAAUAUUAAUUAGAGAUUAAAUUUAUAACCUGACGAAUAUUUGGUUGGAUCUUUAUUACUUUAUGGACUUAUCUUACAACCAUUAGUAAGAAUAUUUGAUAUUGUUGACAGUAGAAGAAAUUGA